AUGGAGAAAUGGAAUCACACUUCAAAUGAUUUCAUUUUGUUGGGUCUGCUUCCCCCAAAUCAAACUGGUAUAUUCCUCUUGUGCCUUAUCAUCCUCAUAUUCUUUCUGGCCUCGGUGGGUAACUCGGCCAUGAUUCACCUCAUCCACGUGGAUCCUCGUCUCCACACACCCAUGUACUUUCUUCUCAGCCAGCUCUCCUUCAUGGACCUGAUGUACAUCUCCACCACCGUCCCCAAGAUGGCGUACAACUUCCUCUCUGGCCAGAAAGGCAUCUCCUUCCUGGGAUGUGGUGUGCAAAGCUUCUUCUUCCUCACCAUGGCAGGUUCUGAAGGCUUACUCCUGACCUCCAUGGCCUACGACCGUUAUGUGGCCAUCUGCCAUCCUCUGCAUUACCCCCUCCGCAUGAGUAAAAUGAUGUGUAUGAAGAUGAUUGGAGGCUCUUGGACACUGGGUUCCAUCAACUCCUUGGCACACACAGUCUAUGCCCUCCAUAUUCCCUACUGCAGGACUAGGGCCAUUGACCAUUUCUUCUGCGAUGUCCCAGCCAUGUUGCUUAUUGCCUGUACAGAUACUUGGGUCUAUGAAUAUAUGGUUUUUGUAAGUACAAGCCUCUAUCUGCUCUUUCCUUUCAUUGGCAUCACUGCUUCUUACGGCCGAGUCCUAUUUGCUGUCUAUCAUAUGCACUCAAAGGAGGGAAGAAAAAAGGCCUUAAGUACCAUUUCGACACAUUUAACUGUUGUGAUCUUUUACUAUGCACCUUUUGUCCACACCUAUCUUCGGCCAAGGAAUCUCCGCUCACCAGCUGAAGACAAGAUCCUGGCAGUCUUCUACACCAUCCUUACCCCUAUGCUUAAUCCCAUUAUCUACAGCCUGAGGAAUAAGGAAGUCCUGGGGGCCAUGACAAGAGUGUUUGGGAUAUUCUCUUUCCUGAAAGAAUAA